AUGUCCGAAGCUCCAGUGGUAACCCUCCUCAAAUCCCUCAUCCAGGUCCCCAGCACCAGCGACCACGAACAAGACAUCGCCCGCUGGCUCGACAACCACCUCUCCACCCUGGGCUACACCGUCGAGCGCAUCCCCAUCGCCCCAGGCUCAACCCGCGAAAAUGUCUACGCGUACCUAGGCUCCUCGCGCAGGGUAAGAGCCUGUCUCACCGCGCACAUGGACACCGUCCCGCCGCAUAUCCCGCUACGCGUUGAAGGGUCGACCAUCUACGGCCGCGGCGCCUGCGACGAUAAGGGUCCCAUGGCUGCGCAGAUCUGUGCGCUUGAGGAGCUGCGUGCGGAGGGGGCGGUCAAGGAAGGUGAUGUUGGUUUGUUGUUUGUUGUGGGCGAGGAGAAGGGAGGUCCUGGGAUGAUUGCGGCGAAUGAUCAUGAUUUGAAGUUUGAGGGUGUGGUGUUUGCGGAGCCGACCGAGGGGAAAUUGGUUGUUGGGCAUAAGGGACAUUUGGUGUUUGAGUUGGUUGGCGAGGGGAAGGCGUGUCAUUCCGGAUACCCCCAUCAUGGCAUCAACGCCAAUGCCGCUCUGGUCGAAGUCCUGAAUGAGUUCUUGUGCACUAAAUUCCCCGAGUCGUCGCUGCUGGGUCCGUCGACCUUCAACAUUGGCAAAAUUGAAGGAGGAGUGAGCUAUAACAUCGUCCCGGCUUCCAGCACGGCACUAUGCGCUGUCCGUGUGGCGACUGAUAUGGCCAAGUGUAAGAGAAUCGUGUCGGAGGUCGUUGCGAAGCAUCCACACGUCAGACUGGAAUUCAAGUUCGAAUAUCCGGAGACGUUGCUUGAUCAUGAUGUCGAAGGGUUCGAAACAGCACCAGUGUCAUAUGGAACAGAUGUUCCUCGAUUCAAGGGAGAUCAUAAAAAGUACCUAUACGGUCCUGGUUCAAUCCUGGUGGCCCAUGGAGAAAACGAGCAGAUUGAGAUUGACGAACUGCUGGAAGGUGUCAGGGCGUAUAAAACGUUGGCCACCCACUUAUUGAAAACCUGA